AUGACCCUAGUGCAUCCAACCAUUCAGGCUAUCCUCCAGAACAUACCAUCUCGCUAUCGAGGACCGGGCGGUGCGCUUGCUGUACUGAAGGAUGGCAAACUCGUCGGCGAGCACGUUUGGGGCUUUGCCGACAUGCAAAGCCUGAUACCCAUAACCCCAUCAACGUUGAUGCCAAUAUGCUCGAUCACAAAACAAAUGGUGUGCUUGAUCAUGAAAGAUCUGGAGCGCAACCCCACCCCAGAGAUGCUGAAGCGGGGCAAUGUGUCUCGGCAGUUUGCGGACGCUCUGGAUCAAACGCUCCAUCCCGACCUCACUGCAAACACCGGACUGAAAUUAGAGCAUCUAUGCAACAACCAGUCUGGGAUACGAGAUUACUGGGCUAUGUCCAUGUUCUGGGGUGCCCAUCCCGAUGGUGAAUUUCGACUUGAAGAAGACGCCAGGAAGGCACUCGAGCGGACAAGGUCUCUGCAUUUUGAACCCGGGACACAGUAUGCCUAUUGUAACUUGAACUUCCAUGUCCUUGCCCGAAUCAUCGAAGAUGUGAGUGGGCAAACCCUAGGCGACCUACUCGCUGAAAGGCUCUUCUUGCCGGCUCAGAUGAAAACUGCGCGAUUGUGCGCCGACAACGCGAAUCUCCCUCCACCUUGUGUCGGGUAUGAAGGAACUGAGUCCUCUGGCUUCAUCCCAGCUAUCAAUCGCAUGCAGUGGUCCGGUGAUGCAGGGGUUGUGGCUUCCCUCAAGGAUAUGAUUGCAUAUGAGCAUUAUUUGUACACCAGCUGGGACGACGAACAAAGUGUGUAUCGUGUGAUCGCGCAACAACAGUCAUUCAAGGAUGGCACAGUUGCACGAUAUGGAUACGGCCUGAAGCAUGAUAUUGUCAGAGACGUGGCUACGAUCGGCCAUGGUGGUGCUCUUCGUGGAUUCCGUCUUCAUAGAAUCCAGGCUCCAUCAGAGAAACUGGCGAUUGUGGUUAUGCUCAAUCACCAGGCUGAUGCGGAAGAGGCGGCAAAUGAUAUUAUGAAAGAUAUUUUUGACAUAUAUAAGGGUCACGCUCCUAGACUUAGCCCUGUCAGUCCCUCCCCGAAUUGGGUUGGCACUUUUUACGAUGCAGAGGCCCAGUUAGCUGUUGAGAUUGGGCACGGUCGUCAGGGCCAUUUAACCGUCUCUUAUGGGGGUUCCGAUGAUACUUUGGUCUGUGUUGAAGAAAACAAAGCCCAGUCAAGUAAUAUGAUUGGCACAAUCAAUGGUGAUUUCCUUACGCUCCACCGUUUAGACGACAAUCGCGUCAUUCAUGCCAAUCGUGUUGCUACUGGACAGCAACCACCUAAAUACCAUUACCUUGGUACAUAUUAUUGUACAGAAGUUGACUCGACCUUUCAUUGUACUGGUGGAGGUGGCAUGUUAUAUGGACUAUUUGAAGGAUAUCUUGGUUAUGGCCCACCACACCUCAUGCGAUAUAUUGGGGACGAUAUAUGGAUUCUGGCAUGUCCACGAGGCUUAGAUGCACCGGCACCCGGUAGUUGGACAGUAGUAUUCCAGCGCGAUGACCACGGCGAUAUUGUUCAUGUUACGAUUGGCUGUUGGUUAGCCAGGAAAGUCGGAUUUGCUAGGACGUAA